AUGUGUUUGGGAAGGAGAACAUGUGUGUUUUCUUUUGCUCUUCCUCUCCAGGCUUCUCCAACUCAUCCGGAUUUUGUCGAGUUUCUCGUUGCGCUCCUCGCUCGACGAGGUUCUCUCUUUCUUGCGUCUUCCGCCCCUCGAUGCGUCUCUCCAGGACUUCCCACUUUUUCUUCUUCUCCUUGUUCGUCUUCCGGCGUUUCGAGUUUUUCUCGGCCUGCGCCAGGAGCUAAAGCCUUCCUGCCUCCCCCUCUGGCCAUUGCUGUUUUCAAUUUAACGCUACACCGCGUUUCGGCAGCAGCAGGGGCGUGUGAAGAAGGCUCAGGAAGAAGCGAGCGAACGAGAAGAGAAGAGAGAGAUACACCGGUGGAUGCGACGCGAACGCUUGGUCCUGCGUGUCUUCCUCCCCAUGAGUGCGACGAAGUUUUGAUGAGGGCGCUUCUCUCCUCGCUCAGCCGAAACUGUUCCUUUUUCCUGUCGUCUUCCGCUUCCACUUCUUCCUCUUCUUCCGUCUCUGUCUCGUCCUGUUCUACGUCGGUCCCUUCUUCCUCUGCGUCUGCAGCGUCCGUGAUGCCCCAUUUGCCGGCUACCGAAGCAGAGAUGAAGAAAAACACUCGCCCGCUGAAUGCAGCUCUUCUCCUCGCAAGCGCCAUGGCACGCUUCGCCCACCUCGCGAGAACAGGCGCCUUUCCGUUUUCGACAUCUUCCUCGCCGUCCACCCUCGACGUUUUGAACUGGGCAGUCCUGUGGGAAGAGGCGCUGUUGCCACGCUUUCAUGUGUCUCUGGACCAGGCAAGUCUUUGCAGUGAAGGCAAACAACGGCCAACGGGCGUGACUGCUCGAGAGAAGACGAAAGGUGGAAGGCGGGGAAGGCGAAAGUUGCGGGAGAAAGCAAGCGCCCUGUGCACUUUGCGGGAAGAGAAAGAACGGCAAUCAAAGGACGGAGGCGAGGGACGAGAGCGUGCAACAUAA